CGCGUGGCCGCCAUCGGGGGCGCGCCCGGGGGCUCCCCUUGUGUGUGUGUGUGCGUGCGGGGCCGGGGCCAUGGAGGAGCUGAGCAGCGUGGGAGAGCAGGUCUUCGCCGCCGAGUGCAUCCUCAGCAAGCGGCUCCGCAAGGGCAAGCUGGAGUACCUGGUCAAGUGGCGGGGCUGGUCCUCCAAGCACAACAGCUGGGAGCCCGAGGAGAACAUCCUGGAUCCAAGACUCCUCCUGGCUUUCCAAAAGAAGGAGCACGAGAAGGAACUGCAGAACAGGAAGAGAGGCAAGCGGCCCAGGGGCAGGCCCAGGAAACAUGUGGAACCAGAGAUGCCUGUAAAAACAAAGUCAAGUAGCUCCUCUUCGUCCACAUCCUCCUCUUCCUCCUCCUCUGAUGAAGAGGAUGAAAGUGACCUGGAAGCGAAGAGAGGUUCCCGCAGCAGAGAGACCCAUCCGGUACCACAGAAGAAAGCUCAGAUCCUGGUGGCAAAGCCCGAACUGAAGGACAGCUCCAGGAAGAAGCGCGGACGCAAACCUCUUCCCCCGGAGCAGAAAGCAGCCCGAAGGACCGUGAACCUGACAAAGGUGCUGAAAACAUCCCGGAAGGAGAUGGGCAGCAGCAGCAAGCUGAUGGGGAAGCUGCAGCCCCAGCAUGGCACACAGGGCUCGGGCAUGGCCCUGCUGAAGGACCCACCAGGCACCUUGGCUGGGCUCAGCUCGGGGGGGUCAUCAGCAGAGAACCUGCCCAACAUGAUGAAGAGCGGCUCCACCAGCCCAAACCGAGCCAUCAGCUGGCAGAGCUCCAUCGUGCACUACAUGAACAGGAUGUCCCAAAGCCAGAACUCGGCCGAGAGCUCACCCCUGGGCAGGCUGGCGCUCAAGGCGCAGGCAGCCAGUAAAAGCGGCUUAGGGCUGGACUUAAAAAUGAGGAACCAGAAAGCAUCUGGAGAGCUUGGGCUGAGCACGCAGGGCCCCAAGAGUGCUAAGGCUCUGAGCAGCGGCUCUGGAGGGGACCAGAAGUCAGGGUUUGCUGCAGGAAGCCAAGCGCUGCACAAUGGCAGUAAGAUGCCUGCAAGCUCAUCCAGCUCCGGCUCCCAGCCGGCCUCCAGCCAGGAGCUGAAUCUCCAGGCUCUGAACCUCCAGAGCGUCAAAAACGGGCCGAACGUGGCCGGUGGGAGCAGCGUCCCCCGUCACCACUGCACUGCCACGUCCAAAGGCGCCGGUGGUGGCACAGCUGCGGGUGCCGGUGGUGUGAAAGGCAGCACAGUGGGUACUGGGUUGAAUGCUGCCAGCUCGGGCGCGGGAGGGGACGGCAGCAAGAGCAAGAAGCAAACGCAGCGGGCAGGAGACAGGGACUUGGCCAAAGGCGGUGCAGCCAGCACGCAGGAUGGGCACGCGGCCGCGGAUAGCCGCAAGCCAGCAGCUCUGUCCGAAAUGAGCACGGGUGAUGAGAGCAGCUCAGAUUCGGACCGGGAUUCGGCUUCCUUCCCAGGAGGGGGUCAGAACAUGUCUGUCUCCAUCCAGACCAGUCAGGACUGGAAACCCACCCGCAGCCUGAUCGAGCACGUCUUUGUCACCGAUGUCACCGCCAACCUGAUCACGGUGACGGUCAAGGAAUCCCCCACCAGCGUUGGGUUUUUCAACCUACGGCAAUACUGAGCCCAGGAGCAGGAGAGGAGGAAGGAGGUCCUUCAGCCUCUCCCUCCGCUUUGCCCGGCUCUUCCAUCAGGGUUUUUCUUUCUUCGAGUGAAUGCAGAGACCUGCUGGGACUCAUGUCCAGAGAAGCUUGAGAGAGGCGCAGUGAAACCUGCUCAGAACUGCCAGCGGGUCGAUGGAUCCCUCCCGCCUUCUCCCCAUCCUCACCUGGAGCAGCAUCCGGAGCAGAAGCAGCUGAUGCUGUUCUCCCGGAGCAGGGGCACUGGUGCUACCGGGGCUGCCAGGCUGGCAAGUUUUGAGCCAGGCUUCACUGAAUGUGGGUUCCUUUGCUUUAGACCUUGGCACAGCUGCUGACAAGGUCUGCAGCUCCCCAGCAGCAGGAGACAGGCCAGGCUUCUACUCGGGAGAGCAAGAGGAGAUCCCUUUCUUUCCUCUGGGCUCCCCAUGUAUUUGCCCCUGCGCCGUGGCGAGUCUCAGGUCAAUCCAAACGAGGCGGCCGCUGCUCCCAGCCCUGGGGCCAGCUGCAUCCGGGGGUUUUUCAGGGUACGCUCAGCCCAGCACCCCCCUGGGCCAGGUCACUUCCAAUGAUGAAGUCCACGACGUUCCUGUUGUGGUUUCCAGCUCAUAGGGAAAUAUUGUUUACAUUUUUUAGUAAGGAAAAAUCCUGGUUUUGUCUUUGAGGGAGAGGAACAAACCCCAUCGAGGGAAGGCUGAACCCCCGGUGCCUCCGGCGGCAGGCGUCAAAGGAGCCUCUUUCAGAGCAAGAGAUGCUGUUAGCAGGUACCUCUUUACCGCCUGCAGUCCUACCUUGGGAGCCAGGGAGAGCUGCUGACUUCUUCACAGUGACUUGAUUUCAGAGGAGCUGGUUGAGGAGCUCUGCACGGGUGG